AUUGCUUUUAUAGCGAUUCCCAAGUUUUAUUUUCAAAUUUUGUUAAGGCUUAGGAUAUUUUCCAGCACUGUUUUUACACUGUUGCUUGUCGCUGACGUAUGUGCGAUUACAACGUUGUGUGCGUGCCUAAGUGCAUGAGACAUACACCGACGCACCAACAUACGUACAAAUUGGCUUUAAGAACAAAAUAAACUAUGUUAUCCAAUCGGGCAUUUGGAGAAUCAAUUGAGGAUUAUGAGGUACAGCACUUGUUGGGAAAGGGAGGAUUUGCGAGUGUUUAUAAGGCGCGAUGCCUGCACACUCACCAGGAUGUGGCCAUUAAGAUGAUCGAUAAGAAAUUAAUACAGGGCACAGGACUUGCCAGUCGCGUUCGCCAGGAAGUGGAAAUUCAUUCCCGUCUAAAGCAUCCUUCUGUUCUCCAGCUGUACACUUUCUUUCAGGACGCAAACUAUGUGUACUUGGUACUUGAGUUAGCGCACAACGGAGAACUUCACCGCUACAUGAACCACUUAGCCAGGCCGUUUACAGAGGCAGAAGCUGCCUCCAUUUUAAGGCAGGUGGUUGCUGGUCUUCUGUACUUGCAUUCGCACAAUAUAAUGCACCGCGAUAUCUCGCUAUCCAAUCUACUGCUUAGCAAAGAAAUGCACGUGAAGAUAGCCGAUUUCGGACUGGCCACUCAGUUAAAGCGACCGGAUGAGCGGCAUAUGACAAUGUGUGGGACACCUAAUUAUAUAUCUCCUGAGGUGGUUUCACGGGUGUCUCACGGACUGCCGGCGGAUGUUUGGAGUGUCGGAUGCAUGUUGUACACCCUGCUGGUGGGGCGGCCUCCCUUUGAAACAGACGCCGUGCAGUCCACGCUUAACAAGGUGGUCAUGUCCGAGUAUUUUAUGCCAUCCCAUUUGUCCUAUGAGGCGCAGGACUUGAUAAACAAGUUGCUCAAGAAGCUUCCACACGAAAGAAUUACCCUGGAGGCGGUCUUGUGCCAUCCUUUUAUGCUGAAAAGAUUGGAUUGUGGCUCAAAAGCUGGAUACUCCGCGCCGGGAGCGUUGAAUGUUUUCAGCCAGAGUUUGGAAAGCGGUGACAGUGGAAUAAUUACAUUUGCGAGCAGUGACUCCAGAAACUCCCAGGGCAUUCGUUCUGUAGACAACUCGGUCCCACAGCAAGUGCUUCCCCAAAUACAAGAAGGGUUUAAAAAGGAUCAAAUUCGACCCGCUUAUGAGCAGCCUGUCAUAUUUCCACCAACUUCGACUGGUUUGACAGAGCAAAACUGGCCUGGAACAGCUAAGGUACCACCGUUUCGAUUGGACAUGCUCAUAGGACAAAAUUCCCGACCAGCACCUAAAGAAGAGCGUAUUUCGGUGUCACCAUUAAACACCAAGAGAUUGCUGCCGACACGGUAUAAGACGAAGAAUGCUAUAAUGAGUAUCUUGCGGAAUGGUGAAGUGGUCCUCGAGUUUAUAAAAUUCCGACCACAGCUAAACGAAGAUCGGGUAAAUGAUAUCUGCCGCAUAUCGGAUGACGGACAGCGUAUCAUAAUUUACCAGCCGGAUCCAGGACGUGGCUUGCCAGUAAGAGAGCAUCCACCAGAUCUUCAAAUACCAAGCGGAGAUUGCGUCUUUAACUACGAAAACUUACCCAGCAAACACUGGAAAAAAUAUGUAUAUGGAGCACGAUUUGUGGGCCUAGUGAAGAGCAAGACACCGAAAGUCACUUACUUCAGUGCCCUUGGCAAAUGCCAAUUAAUGGAGACGAUGACGGACUUUGAGAUUCGUUUCUAUUCGGGUGCCAAGCUGCUAAAGUCGCCCUCCGAGGGGCUUAAGGUUUACGAUGCGAACGGAAUGUUGCUGUCGGAUCAUUCCUGCUCGGAGCCACGGUCUCUAAUAGAACAUGGAAACGAGUGUUUCACCCACUGUGUAAACAUUAGUAACGCCUUGGAGGUUGCUCAGACAAAGGACAAUGCAUGUUUUCCAGUCACCAUCGGACGAAGACCUAUCGCAGACUUGCAACCUGCUCAGAGAUUAGAUGGUUUAAGGGAUACAACAAACAUUGCUUUCUCCACACCAAAAUCAAAUCAGGGCUCAAUAAACUUUUCCGUAAGCACUAUUUCGUCGACUCGAAAUACGACAGAUUUCGGAACCAAUUGCUCCAGGUCAAAUAUGCUAGCGGCCCAUCAAAACAUUCCCAUUAAACGCAUUACCGUUCCUGAUAUUGGAAUCGCAACUGAGCUUUCCCACGGAGUUGUGCAAAUACAAUUUUAUGAUGGGUCCGUAGUCUCUGUUAUUCCACACAUGCAAGGUGGGGGUAUAACUUUCACCCAACCCAAUGGCACUUCAACGCACUUCGCAAAAGACGACGAUCUACCGUUCUCGGUCAGAGAUAGAAUCAGUCAGAUACCCAACAUUCAAUUAAAGCUCAAAACCGCUCCACUGCUUGCUAGCGGAAGGAAGAUUGACUACAACAGCGCAAUGACUCCCAAAACGACAACGCCUUCCUAUAAUCGAAUGCUUUUAUAACUUAAUCAAACGGAUCUGUUCAUAUUUUUUAAGAUUGAAUGAUAAUACUAUAUUGUAAAUUAAAGGUAAAUAUAUUUUGUAACUUAAA